AUGUUGCCUCCGAGCUCCUUCCUGCUUUUUGCCUCGUUGCUGGCAGCUGUGCCCGCCAACGCCGAUGGCAUCUACACCAAAAAGUCGCCGGUGCUACAGCUGAACCCCAAGACUUACGGAUCGCUGAUUGCGAACUCAAAUCACACUUCGAUCGUCGAAUUCUAUGCUCCCUGGUGCGGUCACUGCCAGAACCUCAAACCCGCCUACGAAAAGGCCGCUCAAAAUCUAAAUGGCCUGGCCAAGGUCGCAGCAAUCAACUGCGAUGAAGACGAGAACAAGCCGUUCUGUUCACAAAUGGGCGUCCAAGGCUUCCCGACCCUCAAGAUCGUGACACCCUCGAAGAAACCUGGAAAGCCGCGCGUGGAGGAUUACCAGGGCGCGCGUACCGCGAAGGGCAUCGUCGACGCGGUCGUCGAUCGCAUCCCCAACCACGUCAAGCGCGCGACGGACAAAGACGUGGACAGCUGGCUGGAACAAAAUGAGGAGCGCCCCAAGGCCAUCCUCUUCACAGAGAAGGGCACGACCAGCUCGCUUAUUCGCGCGCUGGCAAUUGACUUCUUGGGUGCAAUUGACAUCGCCCAGAUCCGCAACAAGGAAACCAGCUCCGUGGAGAAGUUCGGCGUAGAGCAGUUCCCAACAUUGGUCGUGGUUCCUGGCGGUGACGCGGAGCCUACGGUGUAUGAAGGCGAGCUGAAGAAGCAGCCUAUUCUGGAGUUCCUGAGUCAGUUCGCCGAGCCCAACCCAGACGCGACUGGAAAGGCUGCCCCCACCGACUCUAAGCCGAAGUCUAAGCCCAAGGCUAAGCCGACCUCUAUCGCGGAGGAGGCGGAGGAGGAGGAGCCCACCGUCACUCCCGAAUCCAAGCCUGCCGAGGUACCUGUCGCACCUCCAGCACCUAUCCUCGCCACCUCUGAGUCCCUCGCAUCUGCCUGUCUAGACCCCAAGUCCAAUACCUGUGUGCUCGCCCUCCUUCCCGAGACUGGCGCGGACGCAGCGCUUCCCUCCACUGCCAACGACGCACUGUCCAGCUUGGCCGAGGUCGCCCACAAGCACUCUCUCCGCGGCGUGAAGAUGUUCCCCGUGUACGCCGUCCCCGAAACGAACACCGCCUCCAAGACCCUGCGCUCCGCAUUGGGUCUCGAUGGUAGCCAGGAUGUGGAAAUCAUCGCUAUCAACGCUCGUCGCGGCUGGUGGCGUCGGUACAGCGCUGAAGGGGAGUUCGGCAUCACUGCCGUCGAGUCUUGGGUUGAUGCCAUCCGUCUUGGUGAGGGUGCUAAGGAGAAGCUGCCCGAGGGUAUUGUUGGCGCAACUGAGCCCGAGCCCGAGGCUGAAAAGGCUGAAGAAGUCGAGCAUGACGAGCUGUAA